GGAGGAAGGAAGCGUGGGGCCUCUUCCUGCGCAGACAGAGACAGAGAGAGAGAGAAGCCGGGCCCCCUUCGCGUCAAGAGGGGCCCCUCGGGGGCGCGCUGCUGCGCGAAGGGGGCGGCAACCCCGGGCUUAGGCUUGGGCCCAGCCUGCUGGGGAGCAGAGAGUCCGUGACACCCCAGGAGGCCGCAGAUCUCCCUGCACCGAGCUCGUGGGGGGCCGGAAGGGGCGCGGCUGCAUCGAUCUAUAGAAUUUCGGCGCCUCCACCGGGUCGCACGUGGGACAGUGCUGCUCGGCUCUCUGCAUUCGUUGCAGGUUCCACUCCCGCCGCCUGCCCGCCCAUGGCUGAGCCCCAGGUCUCGGGGCCAAGGGCUUCCGACGCCCCCAACACCGCCACCACUUCCAGUCCACGCCAGGCUCAAGCCCGGAGGCCCACCAAGGCUAAAAGGAAGCACCCAGCGGCAUCUGGGGAGGCUCUAGCCGUGAAGCGCAGAAGGGAUGCAGCUUUGCUCAAGGCCCAGAAAGCUGCAGCCAGCCGGGGGGCCCAGACUCUGAGAGGAAAGGCAUCCCGGGCUGCUCCAAAGAAGCCUCUGGCUAGUGCAGGUGAUAAGAGCCAGGAGCAGAGGCCAGGCGUGAAGACUUCAUCUCUGUUCAAGAACAACCCUGACAUCCCGGAGCUCCCCAGACCUGAUGUAAAGCAGGUACAGGAGAAGGUCUUCACUUCUGAUGCCUUUCAGGACCUGGCCUUGCACCCUCACCUGAUCUCCACCUUAAACACUGUCUUGAACAUGUCCAGUAUGACCAGUGUGCAGAAGCAGAGCAUCCCCGCACUGUUGGAGGGCAGAGAUGCACUUGUGCGCUCCCAGACCGGCUCAGGUAAAACUCUGGCUUAUUGCAUCCCAGUGGUUCAGUCCCUACAGGCCAUGAAAGUGAAGAUCCAGCGUGGUGAUGGACCCUAUGCCUUGGUACUUGUGCCCACAAGAGAGCUGGCUCUGCAGAGCUUUGACACUGUCCAGAAGCUGCUCAAGCCUUUUACCUGGAUUGUGCCUGGCGUGCUAAUGGGUGGAGAGAAGAGGAAAUCAGAAAAGGCCAGAAUCCGCAAAGGAAUCAAUAUCCUCAUCUCCACCCCGGGACGCCUGGUGGAUCAUAUAAAAUCCACAAAGAACAUCCAGUUCAAUCGGCUGCGGUGGUUAAUUCUGGACGAAGCCGACAGGAUCCUGGACAUGGGCUUUGAGAAGGCCAUUACAGUCAUCCUCAACGCUCUGGAUGCCGAGUGCCCACAACGCCAGAACGUCCUUCUCUCCGCCACGCUCUCAGAGGCGGUGACCCGGCUCGCUGACAUCAGCCUGCACGACCCAGUCAGUAUUUCUGUAAUGGAUGAGAGCAUUGGGUCAAGCAGCUCGCUGGACGAAGAAGACUCAGAUGAUUCCGGGUCCCAGUCCGAGGAUGAGCUGGAUGGCUUUGUGAUGCCCCAGGGUCUGGAGCAGCACGUAGCCGUGGUGCCCAGCAAGUUGCAUCUGGUGUGCCUGGCUGCCUUCAUCUUGCAGAAGUGCCGGUUUGAAAGCGACCAGAAGAUGAUUGUCUUUUUCUCCACUUGUGAGUUGGUCGAGUUCCACUACACGCUCUUUAUCCAGACCCUUCUAGGAGGCUCAGAGGCCCCGGCCUCCCCGCGGCUGACCUUCCUCCGUUUGCACGGCGGCAUGGAACAGGAGGAGAGAACAGCAGUGUUCCAAGAAUUCUCACGCUCCAGAAGCGGCGUGCUCUUCUGUACGGACGUUGCCGCGCGGGGCUUGGAUCUUCCUCUAGUCACAUGGAUCGUGCAGUACAACGCCCCAUCAUCGGCUGCUGAGUAUGUCCACCGGGUCGGGAGGACAGCCCGGAUUGGCUGCCGGGGCAGCAGCCUGCUCAUCUUGGCUCCUUCCGAGGCAGAAUAUGUCAGCUCGCUGGCUGCUCACAGAAUCAACCUUUCGGAGAUGAAGAUGGACACGAUUCUGUCUGUCCUGAUGAGAGAGGAUUGCUUGCAGGGGACACGCUGGGCAGACCAGCACCCCCGUGGCCUGGGCCCCCAGGACCUCCAGGCACGCGCCACCAUCCUGCAGACAGUGUUUGAAGAUUACGUGCACUCUGACGAGCGGAGGGUCUCCUGGGCCAAGCAAGCACUGCAGUCCUUCAUCCGCUCCUACACCACCUACCCACGCCACCUGAAGCACAUCUUCCAUGUCCGCGCACUCCAUCUCGGCCACGUGGCAAAGAGCUUUGGGCUCAGAGAUGCCCCCCAGAACCUCGGCGCUCCAGCCGUGAAGAAGAAGAAGACAAAUCUGAGAAGGCCGGGCCUCGCGAGGAAGACGCAGAGGAAGCAGCAGCGCCUGGCUGAGCUUCUGCGCUCGGAAUAUGCCAGCGGGAUGGAGAUGGCGGCCAAGGCCAAAGCGCCACGCCAGUCACCAGAGCCGGGCCCGGACGGUGGCGCCUCAGCCGUGUAAUCCGGAAGUCGUGUGCCAGGGGUUGGCGCCCUCAAGGGCCUUGUGCCAUGGUCCUGUAGCAUGGAUCAGCCAGACCGGCCCCUGUUCCUAUCCUGUCCCAUCCUCUAGAGCUUGUAUUUGUCCCCUCACGCCUGUAGGUGCUCCUGAGCCCCUUACCUCUCACAAAUAACCCCAGGCCAAGCCUCUUCUGGAAGCUGGGGCCCCUGAGGGGUGACCCUAGGGUGCUGGAGCA